CAGUUGAAAAUUGGCAUUUGACGAGAGUUUUGUGCAGUUCUGUCUCUGUUGACUGUCUUUUAGCCCUGUGAUUGCAAUCCUAGAAUGGCUUUUCACUUUAGUAAAUCAAUUACAGUGUUUAUGUGCAUGUCCCUGUCACUUUUGGUUUCUGCACAACUUUUUCCAGUCUCAAUUAUCCACCUCAACGAUUUUCACGCACGGUUCGAAGAAGUCAACAGUAAUUCCGGCACGUGCAAGCCCGAGGAGGGGGAGGUGUGCAUUGGGGGCUAUGGCAGGGUCGUGACCACCGUGAAGAGACUGUUGGAGGAGAAGAAGGACUUGAAUCCCAUCUACUUGAAUGCCGGCGAUAACUUUCAGGGCACUCUGUGGUACAACAUUCACCGAUGGAAUGUCACCAGCUACUUCCUCAAUCUCCUGCCCGCGGACGCCAUCACGCUGGGCAAUCACGAGUUUGACCAUCAAGUCGCGGGCGCCGUGCCAUUCCUGGAGACCAUCAAUUCGCCUGUUCUCGUGGCCAAUGUGGACGCUUCGGAGGAGCCGACUUUCGAUGGGAAAUUCAGAAAAUCUCUAGUCAUUGAUAAGUAUGAGAGGAAGAUUGGCAUUAUCGGCGUAAUGCUACAGACAACUCCGAAUAUCGCCAGCACCGGAAGAUUGAAGUUCACGGAUGAAGCCACUGCGGUGCGAGAGGAGGCGGCGAAGCUCAAGAGCGAGGGCGUUGAUAUUAUCAUUGUCCUGUCGCACUCCGGACUGGAUGUUGAUAUCAGGAUCGCUGAGAACGGAGGCCCGGAUAUCGAUGUGAUCGUCGGAGGACACAGUCACACAUUCCUGUGGACAGGAGAUGAAUCUCCUGGUCCUGAUUUCCCCCGCGGAGAGUAUCCAACCAUCGUGCAGCAAUCCCAGCACGGAAAUAGAAGAGUCCUGAUUGUUCAGGCGUCAGCAUAUACGAAAUAUUUGGGAGACAUCACGGUGUAUUUCGACGAGGCUGGAGAAAUCGCAGACUAUAGGGGAGCGCCUAUUUAUUUGGGUCCCGAAAUCCAGCCUGAUCCUGUGAUUCAGGCGGAAUUGAUCCCCUGGAAGACGGUCGUGGAUGAGGCGGGAUUGAAGGUUGUUGGCUACUCAAAGAUUGAGAUCACGAAGCAAGGAUGCAGCGAUGGAGAAUGCAAUUCUGGAAAUCUCAUCACUGAUGCUUACGUGCAUUCCUACGUGACUCACUAUCCCAAGCCCGAAAAUGGCUGGAUUCGCGCUGCCCUCAGCGUCACAAACACUGGAGGAAUUCGAUCUCUGCCCUCAACUCCUGGCCCUCUAAACUACGGAGAUCUCGUGGCCAUUAUCCCGUUCGAGAACACGCUGGAUUCACUGGAACUCCGUGGCAAUUUUGUCAAGGAUAUGCUCGAGUUUGCCGCCACACAGUCGCUCACGUGGCUCCAAGUUUCCGGGAUGCGGAUCGUCUUCAACAUGACAAUGCCAGUGGGCGAAAGAGUUUCCUCCCUGCAUCUCCUCUGUGCCGACUGCAGCGUUCCCAAGUAUGAACCACUGGAAAUGGACAAGAUGUAUCGGUUUAUAAUGCCAUCCUUCCUGGCCGGUGGCGGCGAUGGAUUCUACGUGGUGUCGGAGAAUAAGCAAAACCAUGUCGUUGGCCAUAUUGAUAUUGAUGCCUUCGAAGAGUACGUGGCCAAGAUGUCACCCCUAAUCAACCCCGUCACUGGUCGGAUAACCGUUGUAACGUGAGGAAAAGUCGUUGGAAAGCUGUGCGGAAAUUAUAUGAAGAAUUUUUAACACCUGGAAGUCUGUUUAUCCCCGAAGAGACUGUUAGAAA